GUUGCUUUUUUCCAUCUUCAGCGUUCUGAAUUUGAGUCAACAUUGCUUUCGCUAAGGCCAAACUUUGAACACUUUUACAAGAAAAAGUGAGUGAGGCAGGAAAUACAGUGAUUCGUCUUCAUCCGUGUGAAAUUGCCCCACUUCCUUUAGUCUCUUAAGUAUCACAGGAGUGUAAAGAGUUGUGUCAAGAUGCUCCUGUUUUGGGUCACAAUACAUGUUCUUCUUCAUCAAGGAAAUACCUUGGCUCCUGUUGUCACUGUUCAACUGGGCCAACCUGUGACUUUUACAUGUGUUUUUAACAUGUCUGUGGAGAGCAUCGUUUUGCUUUACUGGUGCAAGCAAACUGCAGGAGAUACUCUGAAAUUAAUUGUAAUGAAACGUAUCCAUACAAACCCCACUUAUGGACCAGGAUUUACAUCUGAAAAUGUCAAAAUAACAUAUAACAACAAAAUGACCAACUUGACGAUUCUGAAGACCGCCAAAGAAGAUGAAGGAAUGUAUCACUGUGGUCUCCUGGAUUGGCUCAGUUCUUCUUGGAAUGGGUCUUAUUUAUUAAUAACAGGAAGCAGUGAAACAACAACAUCAAGCUACCGUGUUGUUCAGGAGCCAGCUGUGUUGGAUCUACAUGGUAAAGAAACCUCUGAGACUCUGCAGUGUUCACUCCUCUCUCAGACCGAGACAGAUGCUUGUGCAGGAGAUCCCAGUGUGUUCUGGUUCAGAACCGGAUCAGACAAGAACUCUCCUGAUCUCAUCUACACUGACGGACAAAUGCCUGAAAAUUGUGAGAAGACGUCAAACACCCAGAACAAAUGCAGAUAUAACUUCUCUAAGAACAUCAGCUCCUCUGAUGUUGGGACUUAUUACUGUGCUGUGGCCACAUGCAAAGAGAUAUUACUUGGAAAUGGAACCAGAAUUGAAAGCGCUCGUUCCUCAUCUUAUGAAGUUAUGCUGCUACUGGUGAUCACAGGAAUCUGCUUGAUCAUUUCCGUGAUUCUGAAUAUCAUUUUAAUCUGUUGCCGAACUCAAAGAACACCAUGCAAAAACUUUAGAGAAAGCUCCUCAUCAAAGCACAAUGACAUGAACCAACCAGAUGAAAUGACACAAGAUGGACAUCAUGUGACCUAUGCUGCCUUGCAUUUCUCCACAGAGAUGAUGGACAGAGAGCUGAAGACUGAAGAAAGUGUAUAUUCAAAUGUCAGAGAAUUGAUUUAAAUAUAAUCAUGUUCAGUAAAUGAGGAAGUUGUUUCCAUUGAAAAUUAUGUCAGAAUAAAAGUCCCUUCUGAGAAACAAGUACCACAUUUCUGUAUUAAAAAUAUUUUUAUUGGUCUGGUGUAAUAUUCUAAUAUUAAAUGUUUUGUUUUAA